AUGUCCAUAGGCCUUCUGCCCCCCAAGCGAGCGCAGUCGGCGAAGGUGGCGUCGCCCGCCCCUGCCCCCGUGCUGCUCCUGGCGAGGAGCGGUGACGUCGAGGAACUGAAGCAGUUCCUUGCGAACAGCGACGACGACUGUAUCAGAGGCGUCGAUAAACAUGGCCAGAGUCUACUCCACUUGGCUGUGGAAGAGGGCCACACAGACAUGUGCCUCUACCUCAUCGAGAAGAAGAAGCUCGACGUCAAUUUUCGUGACCGAAACGGAUGGACGCCGCUGCACGUGGUUUGCGGUAGGUGCGACGUUACGCUGAAGACCGUGGAGGGCGCCACCGUGCUGCACUAUUUUGUACGAAAAGAACCACAAAAGGGACGGGUAUGGGGUCAAGACAGUUACUUCGUGCUCAUCAAGAAAAUCGUCGACGGCGGUUGUAAUCCAGAUGCGCAGAAUGUAAAUGGGGAGACGGCCAUUCACGCAGCCGCGAGUGCCGGCAAAACUUCGGUGGUGGUCUACCUCAGCCGACUCAACGUCGACCUCAACACAGUCAACAAAUACGGGGAAACGUGCCUGCACCUCGCUGCGCGGAGAGGCGACGCUGAGAUGGUGGCGUGCCUGCUAUCUCUUGGGGUGGACGCGAACGUCGAGGGCGAUAACGGCACAGCCCUCCAGGUAGCGGAUAAGGCCGGCUUCGAGAACGUGAGCAAAAUCCUCACCGAGACGGCGCCGAUGUCCCUAUCGAAUCAGGGCGACAACAUCAGCCAUGCGCUGGAGCGGGCGCGAGAAACGGGCAAGCUCGACCUGUCCAACCUGGGCCUGCCCGGCAUUCCGCCGGAGAUCUUUGAGCUGACGAACCUGGUCGAGCUCGACCUCUCCCACAACAGCAUCGUCACCGUGCCGCCCGCCAUACGCCAGCUCACCGCCCUCAAGUCCCUCAGACUCGAAGACAACCGACUCACCCAGCUGCCCAGGGAGAUGGGCGAGAUGGGGUGGCUGGAGGAGCUGACGCUGUCGCUCAACUCGGAUCUGGAGCCCGGGCUGAAGCGGAAGAUGCGCGAGGGGGUGCCGGCCCUGCUCGAUCACCUGCGGAGUACGUCGGGCGGGUUCAAGACCACGCGUGCUUCGAUGCUCAGCAUGAGCAAGCGGGGCAGCGUGGGCGAGCAGUCGCUCGACCUCAAGCUGGAGACGCCCGCCGAGGAGCGGCUGAUCCGAGCACUCGAAGAGCGAGAACGGACACUCGCCAAGAAGGAACGGAAACUGAACGAGACCAUCGCCCUCAUCCAGGAAAAGAACGAGAGCACGAGGGUGAUGCUGGCGGAGAUUAAAGAGAGGGAAGAGGCGGUGGAGGCGAGGGAGAAGGGGCUGCGAGCAGCCGGCGGAGAGAGGAGGACCAGGACGCACUCGGCCGACCCUCCGCGACCGCGCAAGCAUCUGCCGCUGGCUCGGUCCGACAACACGCUCGACCUGGAUUCAGCCCCCGAGCCCCCUCCAACCGGCGUCGAGACCACUAAGAUCGGGAAGGCCAACGGGGUGAAGGUGUCCGUGGGCUCCACUCUGAGCGGCGUCGAUGUCGAACUCCAUCUCUCCACGCGACAACAAAGCUUGACGCUGACGCUGGCGCAGUGGCACGGGGUGGUGCAGCUCAUCGCCUCCAGAGACCGGUCAAACUCGGGCAAGCGUGAAUAG